GUGGAGUUCAGGGAAGACGCAAAAUACAAGAUUUGAAGAUUGUGCGAGGCAGGAAGGCUAAAAAACCAAAAGCCACCACGGGAACGUCAGAAUGUGUGCUGUUUGACUGGCCCUCAGCUGUUCGGGAACAAGUUCUUCCCCUACAGAAAAAGGAUGGCUGCAACUCAAAGAUGGCGUCUUUCUUUCUUCAUCUUUCUGGGAGUGCCUUCCAUUUUGGGCCAACGUGUUCUGAAGCAAUCGGUAAGCCGGAUCUGGCCUGGACAGAGACCUUUCAGCCUGUCGAUCAAACACGGCCCAAACAAUCAGGGCAUAUGGACAGCCUGGUUCAACAUUGACCAUCCUGGGGGCAACGGGGAUUACGAGCGCUUGGACGCCAUCCAGUUUUACUACCGGGACAAAGUGUGUCCGAGGCCCUUUGGCAUUGAAGCCCGCACAACCGAUUGGAUCCCUGCGAGCAGCACGGGCCAGGUGAUCCACUCCAGCGCGCAGGAGGGGUUCUGGUGCCUCAACAGGGAGCAGCCUUCUCUGCAGAACUGCUUGAAUUACGCCAUACGGUUUUUGUGCCCCGUAGGCUCUUUACCUCAAGAUUCAAAAAUGCUGUGGUCUUCGUGGUCAAAAUGGAGCGAGUGCUCUGCAAAAUGCGACCAAGCUGGAGUCCAGAUCCGAACCAGGAGGUGCCUCGUAGAAAGCCUCCAGGACCGACGGUGCGAAGAAGUGAGCGAGGAAGGCAGGCGCUGCGUUGGACCCCCUUGCUCAGUUUGCAAUAUGAGUUGUUCCGUGGGCCGCGUGAAUGCUGAGUGUGACGCAUGCAUGUGCGAGGAACAUCUGCUCUACGGCAAAGUCUCUCUCCCAGAUGGCGCCCCGGCUGCUGGCGCUGCCAUCUACCUACAAGCCAAGGCACCAAAGUUAUUAACGGUGUCCGAUGGCGAUGGGACAUUUCGAGUUCCUGGUGUGUGUCCUGAUGGCCAAACUGUUUUGGAGAUCAAGAAGGCGAAGUACAAGACCGCUUUCGUCACCAUGCCCGAGAGCUCCGAAGGUUCCUCCUCGGUCCACAUCCACUUGAAAAGAGCAGACAAACCAUACAUGACCAAGCACCCAGAGAACAAAGCUCGAAGAGAGGGACAAAGCGUCAAUUUCUGCUGCCACGCCACUGGAGAUCCAGCGCCAGAACAAUAUCUUUGGUUCCACAAUGGAACUUUACUGGACCCUUCUCUCUACAAAGACAAAGGCAGCUUGGUGUUGAAGAACUUGAGAAUAGACCAAGCUGGCCAGUAUUUUUGCAAGACCAGCAACGAUGCAGGCUCUGUGAAGUCACAAGUUGCCACUCUCUCGUUAAUAGCAAAAGACGACCCUCCUUGCAACCCCACGCCUGACAGCUAUCUCAUCCGACUGCCGCACGACUGCUUCCAAAACGCAACUGGCUUCUACUACAAUGUCGGUAAGUGCCCUUCAGACACAUGCACAGGAACAUUAGACAAUAGUCUUCGGUGCAAGGACGCCACUGCUUACUGCUGCGGAGUCUCCCAAAUGGAAACCCAAGAAAUAACGUGCAAUGGAUAUAUACUUCCCAUUAAAGUUGCCAAAGAGUGCGGCUGUCAGAGGUGUGUUGAAACCAAGGCCACGAUUCGAGGAAGGGCUGUGGCUUCUGAUACUGGGGAGCCCAUGAGGUUUGGGCAUAUAUACAUGGGGAACAACAAGAUUAGCAUGACGGGCUAUAAGGGAACCUUCUCGAUUCAAGUGCCCACCGACACAGACCGGCUGGUUCUCACAUUUGUCGAUCGCUUGCAAAAGUUUGUGAACACGACGAAAGUAUUGCCUUUCAACAAAAAGGGUGGGGCCGUCUUCCAUGAGAUCAAGAUGUUAAGGAAGAACCCGCCCGUUACACUCGACUCAACAAAGGUCAGUGUGAUCACCUUAGGAGAGAUGGAAGGAGACGAUCCAGUAGCCGAACUGGAAAUUCCUCCCAAUGCGUUUUAUAGACAAAAUGGAGAACCCUAUGUGGGAAAAGUGAAAGCCAGUGUGACCUUUCUGGAUCCAAGGAAUAUCUCCAACGCUGCCACAGCACAAAGUGACCUGAAUUUCGUAGACAACGAAGGUGACAUGCUCCCGCUGCGGACAUACGGCAUGUUUUCUAUGGAUUUCACUGAUGAAACAGCCAGUGAGACGCUCAACGCCGGUAAUGUAAAAGUCCAUCUUGAUUCUGCUCAGGUCAGAAUGCCAGAACAUCUGAAGGGAAUGAAGCUUUGGUCUCUCAAUCCACACACAGGUUUAUGGGAGGAGGAAGGAGACUUCCAUGUUGACCAAAAGAAACGCAGCAAGCGAGAGGAGAGAACGUUUUUGGUGGGCAACAUGGAGAUAAGAGAGAGGAGACUUUUCAAUCUGGACGUCCCAGAGAGCAGACGGUGCUACAUCAAGGUGCGUGCAUACAGAAGUGAGAGAUACCUGCCCAGUGAACAAAUUGUGGGGGUGGUAGUUUCUGUUAUCAACUUGGAACCGACACCAGGCUAUGCUACCAAUCCUAGAGCUUGGGGCCGUUUUGACAGCGCAGUCACCAGCUCUAACGGAGCCUGUGUGCCAGCUUUCUGUGAUGACCAGAAUCCAGAUGCCUACAGCGCUUACGUUAUGGCAAGCCUCGGGGGAGAAGAACUUGAAGCCGUCCCCUCGUCUCCCAGGCUUAAUCCUGUUGCCGUUGGAGUCCCACAACCAUACCUCAAUAAGCUGAAGUACCAGCGAACAGACCAUGUGGAUCGUAACGUAAAGAAAACCGCUUUCCGGAUCAGCGUGGCAAAACCAACUCCCAAUACUGCUGAAGAGAACGGUCCCAUCUAUCCUUACGAGCGAGGAAGAGAAUGCGAAGUAGCUCCAUCCUAUGCGGCUCACUUCAGGUUCUACCGAGUAGAGGGAGACAGGUAUGACUAUAACACAGUUCCUUUCAACGAGGAUGACCCCAUGAGUUGGACAGAAGACUAUUUGGCCUGGUGGCCAAAGCCGAUGGAGUUUAGGGCCUGUUUCGUGAAGGUGAAAAUAAACGGGCCUCUCGAGGUUAACGUAAGGUCGCGCAACAUGGGCGGCACGCAUCCCCGGACCGUCGGCAAGUUGUAUGGUAUCAGAGAUGUGCGCAGCAUCCGGGACUUGGAGCGACCCAAUCUUUCAACAGCAUGUUUGGAAUUCAAGUGCAGCGGCAUGCUGUAUGACCAAGAACGUGUGGACAGGACAUUGGUGAAAAUUAUCCCGCAAGGUAAUUGUCACAGAGAGAGCGUCAACAGCAUGCUACACGAGUAUCUGGUGAAUCAUCUUCCGGUAGCCGUUAAUAAUGACUCCAGCCAGUAUACUAUGCUGGCGCCUCUUGAUCCUCUUGGCCACAACUAUGGGAUCUACACUGUUACAGACCAGGAUCCUAGGACAGCCAAGGAAAUAGCCCUGGGCCGAUGUUUUGAUGGAACGUCGGAUGGUUCUUCAAGAAUUAUGAAGAACAACGUGGGUAUAGCAUUGACUUUUAACUGCCCGGAAAGAGAUGCCCAGCAACAAAGCUUGUUCCAAACACUGCGAAACCUGCCUAGCCAGUAUCCAGCAAGCCCCCUUAGAGAAAGAACAGCUGUAAGGAGACCAAACAAAAAACGUGUGGUUCAGAUCCAGGGGAAAAGUGUCCCUUCAGUUAGAAUUCCUCAAAGAGCCCAAUGAAAUGUUGUAUACCAGGCCUUUACUCUAUGCAAGAGCCAGCAUUGUGCCUCUCAGUGCCCAUCAGUGAACUUUUUAUGUGGCAAUGCACAGAAUUUUUCCACAAAUUAAAGCAUGAGGAAAGCCUCAACUGAUAUGAAGCUGGCCACCCCAUGCCCUUCAUAGAUAUUUCGGUCUCGUUCUAAAAGUGCAUUGAAACAUUUAUAGAUAACCAGUAUUUGAUUCGCUAUAAAAGGAAGGCAGCGGUUCAGGUAUCUAAGCAUCCAGUAGCCACGUGCACCUAUAAAUGAGCCUAUAAAUAGGCACUUUGUGUCAGUGAAUAUUAUGAUUUCUUAGCGUGAACCCUGACACUUAUCAGUUCAGUACUGUCUGAGAGCCAAGCUACACGUGACAAAUUACACUUGCAAAUUACAAGUGGCGAAUUACACUUGCCUGGCAAGUGAACAGACUCACGUGUAUUCCUCCCUGUUCACUUGCCAUUCACUUGCUCUCCAUUUGAUCAAGUGGAGUGCAAGUGAACAGGGAGAAAUACACGAGUCUGUUCACUUGCCAGGCAAGUGUAAUUCGCCACUUGUAGCUUGGCUCUCAAAGGCAUGCAGGGUAGGCAGAACUUAAAGGUCAGGCGAGAUUACCCAGAACAAAGUCAUCUUCUUGCUAUUAUUCUCUGGCUUCCAUCUCUUCCACCCUCCAAUUCUGCUGGCUUGCAAACAUUUUUUGCACUCCUGCUAAAGAUGAUACCCUCAGUCCACAUGCUUCAGGCCCAAAUCAUGCACCAUUAUCAAACAGCCACAGUAAGCAACAGUGGAAAGACUGGGCAUAACUAUUUUAACAACUCUCCAGUUCCGAUUUCUCCGAAUAUUGAAGUUCUGUUUUGAACUGCAUUUUAGUAAUAUUGUAUUUGAAACAUAAGCCCUGUUCAAACGUCUACCUAGCAACUAUGAAUUUGUAAUUCUGCAGAAUAUUAAAUAUUGUAAAAAGUUAGCAAGGCGGGGAGAGAGGACAAGAAUAUCAGCUGUAAAGGAAUGUAUAUAAGCUAUUUUCCUGAUAAUGUAGACUUUCCAGUCUCGUUAGCCAAUGGUAACCAAUAAAAAGGAAUAAAGCGAUUCCUUCAUAGUGAACGUAACUGUAAGAAUUUGUACUUGAAAUGUGAAUAAUGAUAUUUAUUGCUCCA